CCCCUUUUCCUUCCUUCUUAAACCCUGGCCUACCCCCAAAUAUUCCCUGUAAAAAUUAAAUAAAAAAAAUUAAAAACCCCCCAAAAGUUCCUCCAUUAAAAUGAAAAUAAACCUCCAAAAAUCACACUAAAUUUACCCAAUAAUAAUAUCGAAAUGCCAUUUUUAUCAAUAAUUUUCUUUCAACAAUCUUAUCUUCUUCGUCCUUCAUCUUCUUCCCCCAAACCCCGCAAUUCAUAGUAGACCUAACCCUAACCCUAAUUUUUUCUCUCUAUCCUCCCAUUAUAAUCCAUGGAUCCUCCUCCCCCACGCCGCGGCGCCCGCGCUGUGAUCGACCCAAAAGUCCGGCAAGUCGGGUUCUUCGCACCCGACAGAAGCCGGUCGGAUUCGUUCUCUUCUUCGUCGUCUUCUUCUCCGGUCGGAGAAAUUUCACCUGCUGGCAACUCUCUCUCUCCUGUGAUGAUUCCGCCACCUCGACAUUCUUCCGACACGCAUAUUCUUCUCUCUUCUUCUCGUCCUGUGGGGCCCCAUUAUCCUCCGGUGCCGUCUUCGCCGCUUCGUCGUCCUUCCACUGAGGUUGGUACUUCUCAUCUUGUUGUUGGGAGUUAUAAUCCAUCGGAUGUUUUUCCUUCGGAGUCGGAGAAUUCGGAAGAUGUGAUGGUUUCUCCGUCGGGUGGCGGUAAGGGCAGGAAGAGUGGCAGUAAGUUUGCUUCUUCGAUGCCGAGUGGCGGUGGUGGUGGGUUUGAUUUGAUGGCUGGUAAGGUGGGGAGAAAUGGGGGAGUUGGAGUGAAUAGUGGUAGCUUGAUAUCAGCGGCAGUGGUUAAUUUGGUAUCUGCGCAUUCAGAAAAAGUUGGAGAUGCAUCAGCAGAUGCUCAAAGUGAACAUGGAAAUUUGAAGACAUCAAAGGAAAAAAUGUCAAAAGCAGAAAGACGUGCACUUCAAGAAGCUCAAAGGGCUGCAAAAGCUGCUGCGAAAGCUUCUGGAGCAGGGACUUCUGGGAGUUCUAAGCAGGUGAAAGCUGUUAAGGGGUCUGUUCAGAAUAAAGACAAUGCUUCUGUUGCGGCAUCUGAGAAGAAAGGUGGUGACCGUCAGUUAGAGAAGGAGAGAAAGAAAGAUGUCCCUCAUCCGCGCAUGCAGUUUGAUGAUAAGACACGGGUGGAGAAAGCGAAAAAGCGAGCAGUUGUGACGCAAAUUGAAGCCAAAAACAGGGUAGAACUUUUUAGGCACCUGCCUCAAUAUGAGCAUGGAACACAGCUUCCUGAUCUGGAGUCGAAGUUUUUCCAACUAGAACCAAUGCAUCCAGCCGUUUACAAGGUUGGACUGCGAUAUUUAACAGGAGAUGUUUCUGGUGGAAAUGCCCGUUGCAUUGCAAUGCUUCAAGCAUUUCAAGAGGCAAUAAAUGACUACAAGACGCCACUUGAGAAAGCUCUGAUUAGAGACCUUACUGCAAGAAUUGGUAGUUAUGUUUCAUUUCUGAUAGAGUGCAGGCCUCUUUCAAUAAGUAUGGGAAAUGCUAUUAGAUUCUUAAAGAACCGAAUCGCCAAGUUGCCUUUGAAUUUGUCGGAGUCCGAAGCAAAAGCCUCUCUGCAAUCAGAUAUUAAUCAAUUUAUUAGUGAGAAGAUACUGAUUGCUGACAAAGUGAUAGUCAAACAUGCUGUUACCAAAAUUAGAGAUGGGGAUGUCCUCCUCACUUAUGGAUCAUCCUCCGCUGUGGAAUUGAUACUGCUACAUGCGCAUGAGAUGGGGAAACAAUUUCGCGUAGUCAUAGUGGAUUCCCGUCCAAAGCUCGAGGGUCAACUUUUGCUUCGCAGAUUGGUAGCUAGGGGUCUGAACUGUACAUACACACAUAUAAAUGCUGUAUCGUAUACUAUGCAUGAAGUCACUCGAGUUUUCUUGGGGGCUGCUUCAGUUUUGUCUAAUGGAACUGUUUACUCAAGGGUUGGGACUGCUUGUGUAGCUAUGGUGGCUCAUGCCUUCCAUGUUCCGGUAUUGGUUUGUUGUGAGGCAUAUAAGUUUCAUGAAAGGGUUCAACUCGAUUCAAUAUGUUUCAAUGAACUUGGUGACCCUGAUGCAAUUUUAAAAGUUCCUGGUAGAAGGGAAAUCAAUUACUUGAAUGAUUGGACAAAUAGUGAGAAUCUGCAACUUUUGAAUUUGAUGUACGAUACAACUCCUUCAGAUUAUAUUUCUAUGAUUAUUACAGACUAUGGCAUGAUUCCACCGACAAGCGUGCCAGUCAUUGUGCGGGAAUUUCGGAGAGAACACUUGUGGAGCUAGGCAAGAGGACAGUAAUAACCACAUCACAAUUUUGUCUCAACCGGUGAAGAUUGUGGUUGUCAAAUGAAAGAAACAUGGCAAUAAAGCUUGAAUAUUCUAGUCUCUUCACACCAUGUUCUUAAUUUUGGAAUAAUGUUUUUUUGUAUCCAAUUUUACCCAUGUUUAGAUAUUUUUUUUGGUCUCAACCUGACUCUGUGUAGAGUGCGAAUUGUCGCCUCUCCGGGCAGUUAUAGUGAUGAAAUUACUGGCCCAUGUUUGUAGUGAAUCCAUUUUUCCCCUCUCCCCUUAUGGGGUUCAAAAUGUACUUGGGAGUUAGUUAGAAGCGGAGAGAUCUUAGCUGAAUUUUCAAAGUAAUCGAUUAUGUAUAUUUUCAUGUUGUUCA